AGUCGCGCGCGCUCUCCCCGCCCCGCCCUCGUCCCCCCGCGUGCGGCCGCUACAGCCAAUGAGGUUCGGGGCCGCGUGCGCAGAUUCAAACGGCGGCUCUUGAGGGAGGCUGGGCGCGAGAUUCGGCGGUGCGGACAAAACCCUGCAGGAGGCUGCGAGCCCUGCAGAGCUGCUCGCUGCGGGGUGAGGGCGGGGGUAGGCGCCCGCCGCAGAGCUGAGCUGGGACCACUGCGUAGAGGCUGAGAGGCGGCGGGAGGGGCCGGCGGAGGGCGGGAGCGCGCCUGCUGACAUGUUGGGGGCAUCCCUGACCGGGCCGGGCCGGGGCUAGGAGCUGCACUGCGAGCCGGGGGCGGGUCGCGGUCCGCCCCUCCGUCCUGCCCUGCCGGGGACGUGCGUUCCACUCUCGGUCGCCUCGGAGAGGGAGCGAGGGGAGCGACUGGAGGGUCGGGGACAAGGAACAUUCGCUUGAGGCUGGAGGAGGCUGAACUGCGUCCCCGCCCAGCCCGCGCCUAUGCGGUACUUGAAGGAUGGCGAAGAGGUCGCGCAGCGAGGAUGAGGAUGAUGACCUUCAGUAUGCUGAUCAUGAUUAUGAAGUACCACAACAAAAAGGAUUGAAGAAACUCUGGAACAGAGUAAAAUGGACAAGAGAUGAGGAUGAUAAGUUAAAGAAGUUGGUUGAACAACAUGGAACUGAUGAUUGGACUCUAAUUGCUAGUCAUCUUCAAAAUCGUUCAGAUUUUCAGUGCCAGCAUCGAUGGCAGAAAGUUUUAAAUCCAGAAUUGAUAAAGGGUCCCUGGACUAAAGAAGAAGAUCAGAGGGUUAUUGAAUUAGUUCAGAAAUAUGGGCCAAAAAGAUGGUCUUUAAUUGCAAAACAUUUGAAAGGAAGAAUAGGCAAGCAGUGUAGAGAAAGAUGGCAUAAUCAUCUGAAUCCUGAGGUAAAGAAAUCUUCCUGGACAGAAGAGGAGGACAGGAUCAUCUAUGAAGCACAUAAGCGGUUGGGAAAUCGUUGGGCAGAAAUUGCCAAGCUACUUCCUGGAAGGACUGAUAAUUCUAUCAAAAAUCAUUGGAAUUCUACCAUGCGAAGAAAAGUGGAACAGGAGGGCUACUUACAAGAUGGAAUAAAAUCAGAACGAUCUUCAUCGAAACUUCAACACAAACCUUGUGCGACUAUGGACCAUUUGCAAACCCAGAAUCAGUUUUACAUACCUGUUCAGAUCCCAGGCUAUCAGUAUGUGUCACCUGAAGGCAAUUGUGUAGAACAUGUUCAGACUUCUGCGUUUAUUCAGCCACCCUUCAUUGAUGAAGAUCCUGAUAAGGAAAAAAAAAUAAAGGAACUUGAGUUGCUUCUUAUGUCAGCUGAGAAUGAAGUUAGAAGAAAGCGAGUUUCAUCGCAACCUGGAAGCUUUUCUAGCUGGUCUGGUAGUUUCCUCAUGGAUGAUAGCAUGUCUAAUACUCUAAAUAGCCUGGAGGAGCACACUAGUGAGUUUUACAGUAUGGAUGAAAAUCAAACUCUGUCUGCUCAGCAGAAUUCACCCACAAAGUUCCUGGCCGUAGAGGCAAAUGCUGUGCUGUCCUCUCUACAGACCAUCCCAGAAUUUGCAGAGACUCUAGAACUUAUUGAAUCUGAUCCUGUAGCAUGGAGUGAUGUUACCAGUUUUGAUCUUUCUGAUACUGCUGCUUCUCCUGUCAAGUCCACCCCAGUCAAACUAAUGAGAAUUCAACACAACGAAGGAGCCAUGGAAUGUCAAUUUAAUGUCAGCCUUGUACUUGAAGGGAAAAAAAACAGUUGUAAUGGUGCAGACAGUGAGGCUGUUCCUGUAACAUCCCCAAAUGUGGCCAAGUUUAGCACUCCACCAACCAUUCUCAGAAAGAAGAGAAGAAUGCGAGUGGGUCAGUCCCCCAGCAGCGAACAUAGCGAUGGCUCUUUCACUGAUGGCGGUAAUACAGCACUAAAACACACACCGGUGAAAACACUACCAUUUUCUCCUUCACAGUUUUUCAACACAUGCCCUGGAAAUGAACAAAUUAAUAUAGAAAAUCCUUCAUUUACAUCAACCCCUAUUUGUGGGCAGAAAGUUCUCAUUACAACUCCUCUUCACAAGGAAACAACCCCCAAAGAUCAAAAGGAAAAUGUAGGGUUUAGAACACCUACUAUUAGAAGAUCUAUAUUGGGUACCACACCAAGAACUCCUACGCCUUUUAAGAAUGCGCUUGCUGCUCAAGAGAAAAAAUAUGGACCUCUUAAGAUUGUGUCACAGCCACUUGCCUUCUUGGAAGAAGAUAUUCGGGAAGUUUUAAAAGAAGAAACUGGAACAGAUAUAUUCCUCAAAGAGGAAGAUGAACCUGCUUACAAAAGCUGCAAACAGGAGCAUACAGCAUCUGUAAAGAAAGUCAGAAAAUCACUAGUCUUAGAUAAUUGGGAAAAAGAAGAACCAGGUACUCAACUAUUGACUGAAGACAUUUCAGACAUGCAGUCAGAAAAUAUAUUUACAACAUCUUUAUUAAUGAUACCAUUAUUGGAAAUACAUGACAAUAGGUGCAACUUGACUCCUGAAAAACAAGAUAUAAACUCAACCAACAAAACAUACACACUUAAUAAAAAGAAACCAAACCCUAACACUUCUAAAGUUGUCACAUUGGAAAAGAACCUUCAGUCAAACUGUGAAUGGGAAACAGUGGUUUAUGGGAAGACGGAAGACCAACUUAUCAUGACUGAACAAGCAAGAAGAUAUUUGAGCACCUACACAGCUACCAGCAGUACUUCAAGAGCUCUCAUACUGUAAUUGUUAUUAAAAUUGAUGAAAUGCCCUACUUUUACUGUAUUCUGUACUAAAUUAGGUUGCAAUGAAAUUUUUGUCAAUUAAUUGUUUUUAAGGUUUUAAUAUAACCCUAAAACGGUUUGCAUCUUUUUUCAUAUUGGGCAGGCACGAUGCCCAGCCACUUAAGUAAGGGGUUGGUAAUUUCAUAGUUAAUUUUUUAAGAGAUGAGAUUUUUAAAAAUUGUUUUUAAAAGAACAAGAUGGGAAAACCGUGUUAGAAUGUUAUAAAUAUCCUAAAAGUAAAUUCUCACGUAUUUUCUUCAGAAGAUGUAUGUUCCUACUCUCUUGAUGCUGCAGUUUUGUUACAGAUAGGUUAUGAGUUUGUGUGAUUUCUGUAAUUAGUCUAUGUAUGGGAAGCACACAUGGUUUUAGGAAGUACUUUUGCCUACGUGCUGACUGACUUAGGCUACCAUUUACAAAGAAAUACAGUGGAAAGAAAUUGAAAAGAAGGAGAGAAAGUUGCACUACUAAUUUUUGGUAUUUUUCAAAAACUA